GUGGUUGCUCUCUUCGGCGUCCGAUCAAGCUGUCGCUCAGCUCAGCUCAGCACAACACUGCACAUCUCACCUCAGCUUACCGUCGACACCCGGGUACCGCCCUUCUUGGCAGCACGAGGAGUCUCCGAAGCGAGCUGGCCAAGCGGCGGCUCUUCAGUGUCAGACCUCUCUAGCUGGUGUGCGCAUGAGCCACAGAGGUUGGAUCCCGCCGACUCUGCAUUUUCGUGUUGGAACACGAAUAGCCUGCGAGUAACCAUGUCGGCAUCCACAUCCAUACCCAGCGUCUGGCCCACUGCGCAGCAGCAGCAGCACACAGGCAAUCACAUCAUGGGUUCUGACACAAUGCACGGAAGGCGGGAGGGAUCUGCCGUACCUAAGCCGGGGCACCAGGACAGCCCGAACAGGCCGCCGCCCAAGAAGAGGAACCGCCUGGCCUUCAGCUGCACGGCGUGUCGCGAAAAGAAGAUCAAGUGCAAUCGCAUGAUCCCAUGUGAUCAAUGCAUCAAGCGCGGCGACGAAAGGCUCUGUCACAUCGAGCCUUUCAAGCAUAAGGCGGCCGAGGCCAAGGCCAAGGUCGAGGAAGAGGCCCGUGCUGCUGCCAUCGCAGCAGGGCAGGACCCCGAGGCAGCCGCAGCCGCAGCCGCCUACGCCUUUGCCCAAGAACAACAGCAGAUCCAACUGCAGCAGCAAGAAGAGGCGGAGCACAACCAUGCGCUGGAGAUCGCCAAUGGAUCACACGCUGCCGCAGAUGCAGAGGUUACCACAGCAGUCGCGGCGGCGGCGGAUGAGAACAGGAUAUCCAAGUCGCGGCCUAGCAACAAAGGCAGGCAGUCGACCGGCGGCAAGAAGAGCAAAGAUGGCAUUGCUGCGCUAUCACUGACCACGUACACCACGCAGUCACAGGUGCAAUAUACACAGGUGCCGUCUUUCGGCGCAUACCCCUCUUCGGGCUCGCCCGUCAACCCUGGGAACAUGACCACAGCUCCGAUGGUUUCUGGGGCCGAGAUGCAAGAGAUGCAGGCAAUCAAAGCCCGGCUAGCGCAGCUGGAAGCCGCACUGGAGGCCAAGGCGGCUGCAGCAGUAGCAGCAACGGGGGGAGGCAGACUGUCCACUCCCAGCAGCGCAGGUGCGAGCCCCGCUGCCGCCUACCACAGUAAUGGCGGCAAACAGCCCGGCAGCCCCGGCAUCUUCCCUACGCAACUCCAGCACCCGCAGCAACAGCAUCAGCCGCCACAGAGGAGUGGCAGCCAGACGAGCAUGGCUGGUCAGAUCUACCCGACGCACAACAUGACCUCGACAGUCAGGAGCCCCGUCUCGGCGCUAACGGGCUCCAUCUAUAGCAACAGCGUCAGUAGCAGCAGUGUGGCGGCGCAGCCGCUCGUCACACCAGCACCUGGCUACGCACAAAUGACGGACGUGUAUCACCCCACGUCUGCGCAUCUAGGCACCAGCCAGCCGCACGCAUUACCGCCUUUCAACAACCUCUUCGGGCGUGCGCCGGCCACAGUGGCUACGGCUACCACGGGCCCAGGUGCAAUAUCGAGCGCGGCUCCUGGUGUCGCCGACAGGCGCGGUCCCAACGACACGUCCUUCUUCGACUCGUACUCGUCUGGCUCCCUGCUCGGCAGUGCGAGCGGUGCAGGCAGGCGAAGCACCAAUACUGCCGGGGGCGUAUCUGGCGCCAGCAACAACGGUGUCGCGGGCUGGAGCGCAUACAGGCGCUCGGCACCGCUGGGCGAGCUCGCGCCCGGCUCCACGGCUGCCGCUAGCCUCAGCAGCAGCAGCAGCAGCAGCAGUAACAGCAGCAACAGCAGUAGCACGGCGCAGGGUGCUCCAAACGUCACCCACAGUGGCUUGUCGACGCACGCCGAAGGGACUGGCGCUGCCGGCUGCACCAGCAGCAUUGCCGGCGGGCCAUCCUACAUCUCCCUGCCCAACGGUCAUGUUCGCAUGGAGGUCGACAGCGACACGGAGGACGCGGCGCUCGUACUUGAAGGGCUCGCCAUGGGCGCGCGCGAUCUGAGAGACAGCAAGCUCGCCGUCAGCAAGCUCGUCAACGCCGCUGAGGGCUGCCCCAGCUUGCGCACAUCCACAGGCAGCCAACGAGAUGCAGCGACUCCAGCGACGGCUCGCGCGGGCGGCGAAGCUGGUGGCGGCGCUGCGGCGUCGAAGGCAAGCAAAAGUGUCACACGUAACUCCAGCAACCAGAGCAUCGCGGCCGAGUCUGCCCUGCGCUCGGCUGCCGCAGCACCGGCCGCUGGCACCUGCGCUGGCACCGACGACGAUGACAAGAUGCCGGACGUGACCACGCCGGGUGGGCGCGCCGCGUGGCAGCGCAAGGUCGAGAGAUGCGCUGCAGACUCGAAAGCAGGCAAGCUCGAGAUCCAGCACACGGACAUCCUCGAUCCGCGGCGCAUGGGGAAGUUUGGCAAGUUUGUCGAGUGCGACAAGCGUGUCGACAUCAUGCUCCCCGUCGCCGAGGGCGGCACGUCGCGCGAGACCGAUGAGGCCUUCGUCCCGCACCCACCCGGCCAGGCACUCACUGGCUGGCCGAUAAGUGGCCGCAAGGACACAAAGAUGGGCGAUGUCACGCUGAGCAGCGGCAGCGUACAGGCUGCCUGCGAUGGGAGGGAGGCGAAGGGCGGAGACGCGGACAUGCAUGAGCUCAGCGCCGACAGCACCACUGGCAUCAAAUCGGACAGCAGGGACAAAGCCGACGCCAGAGACGGCGGCGCGGAGAGCUGCGGAGCAAAGACCAUGCCCUGCCGCCUCGCUUGCGAGAACCACGGCCUCUUCAGACUGAAACAAGGUCCCGAGACGCUGCUUGGUUGGGGCAUGGGCUUUGCAUGGGGUGCCGCCGAGGCAGCAGGAGAGUACAAGACGAUCAAAGGCUCCCUCUGCCCUGGCAGCGCUGAGCGCGAGGCUGUGCUGCGCGCUGUCAUCCGCACACUCCCGAACAAGGAGAUUGCGUCCCAGCUUGUCGAUGUGUACGCCAGCCGCGUCUAUUACCUCACCGGCCACGUCGUGCAUAUUCCCACGCUGCGCCGCGAGAUGGAGGCAUUCUACUCGUUUGACUCGGUUGAGAAGCAGGCGCGCGUACUCAACUUUGUCGACCCGGCCUGGCUCUCCGUCUUCCUUAUGAUCCUCGUCCUCGGCAUGCAAUUCUACCCGUGCUAUCCACCCGAGCACUACAUCAACAUCCAGCACCUCUUCGACGGCAAGACGAUUCACCUGUGGUACUCGGCGCACAAGACGAUCCUCAUCCUCGCGCGCUACCAGUGCAGCCAGUCCGUCGCGGUGCUACAGGCGAUCCUCCUGUCCGACCUGCACGGCGCCGAGUCAGAUCGCACGCAGAUGAGCCUGUUGCGCAUGGCCAUCUCCACCGCGCAGGAGAUGGGCCUCCAUCGCCUCGGCGACGCCAUCCGCCAGCCGCAGCCGGGAGAGGCACCCGGCACAACGAUCUUGAGGGAGAUGUACAAGCGCAUCUGGUGGUCGCUCGUCUGGCGCGACUGGGUGUCGUGCUUGAAGGUUUCCAAUGCGUAUAGCAUCCACCCCGGGCAGUUCAACACGCCCUAUCCAGGGAACUACAACGAUGAAGAUCUUUGCCAGUCGCCAUUGCCGCCGCCCAAGCCGCCUUCGGAGCAUACCGAAAUGUCGUUCGUGCUAAGCAAACUCAUGAUCGCUGAUGCAGCCCGCGAGAAUGUCGACCUGCUCAACCAGCGCGAUAUGGAGGGCGCACGUGACGGCACGUCUCGCCAUCUGACGUGCCAGGACACGUCACGUCUGGAUGCGCGCUUCCGUGCGAUCCUCGAGAACGUGCCUUCCUUCUUCCAAGUUGGCAGCGACGUUGGUGCCGGCACGGACAUUGAAGUCCAGCGGUGGCUUCUGCAGCAGGGCGUUUUCUCCAAGUUGUUGCGCUUACAUCGUGGCGGUCUCAGCUCGAGGACGAAGAGCCGCACUUCGUGUGUGCUGCUCGCACGCUCGAUCCUCGACAUGCAGAAGAAGGUACGCUCGCGCUGCACGGUCGUCGAUCGGCUGUGGUUCAUCCUGAUGCAGAGCUUCAACGCCGCUGUUGUCCUGUGCUUGGACCUGUUCAGCACGCCGUCUCCGCCAGCGAUGCGCGAGAUCAUCCGCUCCGAGAUCGGCGAGGCGCUCGACUCGUUGCGUCUGGUGCAGUCCACCAACCCAAACGUCUCGCGCUGCAUCCGCAUUCUCGAGGCUCUGCUCGCCGAAGAGGAGAUGCAGUGGAAGCGUCGCGGUGAGGGUGGCAACAACUUCGCCAAUGAGAUCAGCGCAGGCAAAAGGAAGCGUGGCGACCAGGCUCAGGGUGCAGGACGCAAGGCUGUGCUCAGCUUGGCGCUUCGCAUCAAGCGCGCCAUUGAGGACAACCCUCUGCCAGAGGAUGGAGAUGCAGCCGCUGCAUCGACACAGGAGACACGUAGUAAUGACGCCGAAACGGCAUCGGCAUCGGCAACGGCACCUGCAAAAGAUGCUUUCGCUAAGGAGCUGAUGGAGCAGCUCAUGCAUCCCCAAUUCACGGCGGAGAACGACCAAUCCUCAGCGGCCAACUUCCCCUACUUAGUCAAUACUGGCCAGCAGUACACGCUCGAGCAACAAGCCGUCGCACCCAAUGGCGUUAUCACCAACAUGCGCAACGCACCACCGGAUGGACAGCCGUUCGACUUGUCAACCUUCUUGGCGCAGUACGAGUCGCCGCCGAGCGGCUCCGAUGACAUGCAGAGUAUCUUGUCUUCCAACAGUAGCGUGGCAUGGAGUCCAGAAAACUCAAACGCAUCCAGUCGACCGUCGGUGCGCGCGUCUGGCUCCUCGACCGAUCUUACUUCGAAUGCGAGCUCCGUCGAGCGGUUAUCUCUGUCAAGACAAGGGUCUUCGGACCAAUUGAACCUGAAGAGACAAGACCUUCAGCAACAGCAACAUGCACAGCAGCAAUUUGUAGGGCGUGAUGCAAUAGAGCCCACCACUGGUCUGGACUCGUUCUGGGAUUGGAUCUUGGGCCAAGGUGGGACCGCCACCCAAUCGAUCCCUUCAAUGCAGCAGCCGUCACCACAAUCACAGCAGCAGCCAGCACCGCCACAAUCGCAGACGCAGACGCAAGUCCAAACCCAGGCGCAGGCGCAAACCCCGAAUAGUCAAUCGGCGGGACAGCAAAUGAUAUCCGCACCUGCGCCAUCCUCUCAGCCUCAGCAACCAGAUCCGAAUGCUAUCACUGCACCUGAUGCGACGCCGGAAAGCUACUUUGCUCAACUACCCGGCCGCGCACCCAUGCUGAAUGGCAGCUUGCUUCCCACGCCGAUGCCGGCAUUGCAGAGCGAAGGGCCCAUGACACCUUCCAAAGCAGCUGGUGUCACCGGUUUUGAAGGUUAUGGUAGCGCAUACGGCCUCAACCAGCCUGCUGGCGGAGCGCCUGCGAGCGCCAGCACACCUUUCUCCAUGGGCACUCCUUCUUCAGGCUUCGACUCCUGGUUCGCCACCUCCCUCACAAAUCUGGAAUCGUUCAUGCAGACAGAUUGAUGGAUCAGGUCCAGGCCUUUCUGCACAUACAUUUCGCACGUUCCAGCGCGCUUCCGUCAUAAAACUUUGGAUUUUCUCGUGUGUGUAUUGUAUUCCCUUUUGUCGAUGCAGCAUCGCUCUCCAAUCCCAAAGCUGGAGUCCCCACUUC